AUGAUCGGUAGAGCCUUCUCGCGGAGCUAUUCCGCUCCAACUGCUCCAGCAAUCCGUUCGACGCUUUUGUUGCUGAGAACACCAGUGAUUACGGCUGAUUUACCCGAGUUCCAAAAGCAAUACUAUCGUUACCAAAACGAGUUGUGGAAACGUUUGAUGUGGACAUUUCCCAAGUGGUUUUACUACAGGGAAGGUACUUUAUCGGAGCAGAAGUUCCGUGAGUUGAACAAGAACCCUGUUUACAACAACCCAAACCUCGAGUUUGUGGGUGGAAGACCCGAACUCAGACAACAAAGAGACAGAAGAUUCAAGCAGGAACUUUCAUUGCCCAAAACCUAUCAGGAGAACGCCAAGGAAGAGGAGGACACUCAAUCUGAGAGCUUGGCCAGAAAAAUUGUCCCCAACUCUAGAAUCACAAAAGCAGACGAAGCCAAAGACUUGACCAGCUUAGAGAGAGCAUUGAGUAGAACCUUGUAUUUGGUUGUCAGCCAAGACAAGGGAAAGUCUUGGAAGCUUCCAUCUUUUCCAAAUAAUGGGUCUGCUCUACAUACGACUGCCGAGGAAGGCUUGUACUCUAUUGGUGGCGAUCAACUCAACUACUUCAAUGUUUCCAGAAAGCCAUGCCAUGUUCACAAUGGCGCCGAAGGUAAAGAGUUUUUCAUUAAGCUGCACAUCUUAUCUGGCCAGUUUUCUGGCCAACAACCGGACUUGAAGUUCUUGUGGUUGACCAAGGAAGAAGUGGGCGAGUACUUGGACAAAGAGUACUUUGCUGAGAUUUCUCAUUUGAUGAGCGAAGUGUAG